UGCGCAAUUCUCAGGACAGACAGUUUACAGGGACGUUGAGUUGUUCACAGCAGUGUGAACACGCUGUUAUCGCCCCACGUUGAUGUAGCUGCGUUUUGUUUGUGACUCUGAAGUCGGCUUCUGCUUGUCAUCUGAGCGAGUCUGAUUCACUGAUGCUUUAAUAUAAUGAAACCCGUCGAUCAGAAGGAAGAACCUGCUGUUUACCAACGGGUCGUGUUGAAGAACGCCUCACCGUACAACUACAUGAAAGUCUGCCUUGUGCUGGAGGAUGAAUCUACCAGACUGACUGCAGUUGAACUGAAGCAGUUCAUCAUCACAGGCCUGAAGAGCCUGUAUGGAGAGGUUGGAGCAGCGUUGCCCUUCGACCUGUUGAAAUACAAUGAAGACACCUUCACUGCUCUUUUACGCGUUUACAGCAAGGGUUUAGUGAAGCUGUGGAGCUCCCUGACUCUGCUGGGCUCCUACCAGAACCAGGCCUGUGCCUUCAGAGUGCUGCAGGUGUCUCCGUUCCUGCUCGCACUGACAGGAGACAGUCGAGAGCUGCAGCUGGACUGAAGAAGGAGCGUCGUCUUCGUCAGGAUGAGUUUCAU